CUCUGUACAAUCUCUCUUUCUUUCAAUCUCUUUGACUAAUUCUCUUUUAAGUAAAUUUUAAAUCUUUAAAAUUUUAAUAUUAAGUUAUUUAUCCAUUAUUAUUACUUUUCCCUCUUUUUCUCUAAGCACUCCCUCUUUAUGCAUCCUUUUAAAAUUUGUCUUAAAUGUUCACUUAUUCUUUAAAAAUUAAAUUGUUAAUAUAUUAAAUUUAAAUAACUCCGCCUAAGUAGUUUGCGUUUAGUUGGUCCUAAACCCGGAUAAAGGAAGAGGGUUACGAUAGGUGACAACCAGUGUAAAAAUUUCGUUACACCUUAUGAUAUGGAUUCAAAUGAUAUAAACGUUGGGGCGUCCUCUACUUACGACACGCUACAUCGGAGCCCGGGUGUAGUGAGAAAUAUGCAAAGGUGUAGGGCGUUCAUCGAAAGCAACGCGCCAUGCCGGCACCCGGGUGUGAUGUUAAGUGAGCAAGGGUUCCCACAUCAUGGACGGGUGUGGAUAAAGAAGUUAGUUCAUAGGAUAGAUAAUAGAACAUAUAGUGGAAUAGAACACAAGAUAGACAUAGAAAAUAAUAGAAAAUAUCAUAGAAUGAGACUAAUUAGGAAGGAACAGGAUAGGAGGAGGAUCAAGGUUGGUACUUGGAAUGUUGGAUCACUUACAGGAAAAUUAAUGGAGCUUGUGGAUACCUUGGAAAGGAAAAGAGUGAAUAUUGCUUGUAUUCAGGAAACUAAAUGGAUAGGAGAGAAAAGCAAGGAAGUAGGUAAUUCAGGAUACAAACUGUGGUUUACCGGAAAGGAGAGAAAUAAGAACGGAGUGGGUAUAAUCAUAGACAGAACAUUGAAAAACGCUAUAAUAACUGUGAAAAGAGUAGGAGAUAGAAUUAUACUAGUAAAGCUAGUACUAGAAGGAAAAACAAUAAAUGUAGUUAGUGCUUAUGCCCCACAAAUAGGACUUGAUAGUGAGAGUAAACAAAUGUUUUGGGAAGAUAUGGAUGAUUUAAUGCAAAGCAUACCGAAUGAAGAAAAUAUUUUCAUUGGUGGAGAUUUGAAUGGACAUGUAGGAAGUGAUAGGCAAGGUUAUGAGAAUGUUCAUAAAGGUUUUGGUUUUUGCAGUCAAAAUAAGGAGGGAAAAAAUAUCCUGGAUUUUGCUAUGGCAUACGACCUAAUACUAGCAAAUACCUACUUUAUAAAAAGAGAGUUACAUUUAGUGACUUUCAAAAGUGGGCAACAUAGAAGUUAAAUCGACUUUUUCUUAACCAGGAAGACAAAUAAAGCCUUAUGCAAGGGUUGCAAGGUCAUUCUAGGAGAGGCUUUAACAAGUCAACAUCGGUUAGUGGUCUUGUAUGUCAAGUUUAGGAACAAUUCAAGUAAGGUCAGAAGAAAUAGUGUAGCUCGAACAAAGUAGUGGGAGUUCAAAGGAGUAAAGCAAGUGAAGUUCAAAAAUGAGUUUCUCGAGUUCGAAGCAUAAAAGCUGGAUAUUGAGGCCAAUGAUAUGUGGAUAUAGAUGGCAUCAAAUAUUAGAUAAGUAGCUAGAAAAGUAUUUGGAGAGUCUAAAGGACAUGGACCACCCUGAAAAGAGAGAUGGUGGUGGAAUGAGGAAGUACAAAAGGUAGUGAAGAGAAAAAAGGGAAUGGUAUAAGAAAUUACCUGAAUGUGUUAAUAAUGAGGCAUAUGAAAAGUACAAGAUAGCAAAGAAAGAGGCAAAAAAGGCAGUUAGUUAAGUAAAAGCACAGGUCUUUGAAAAGUUAUAUGAGAAACUUGGAACUAAAGAAGGGGAGAAAUAUAUUUAUAUAUUAGCAAGGAGGAGAGAAAGGAAAUGUCAAGAUAAAUCAAGUUAGGUGCAUUAAGGAUAAAGAAGGAAAAGUAAUGGUGAAAGAUGAGGAUAUUAAAGAAAGAUGGAGAAAUUAUUUUAAUGAUCUAUUUAAUAAUAGUCAAAAUGGUAAUAGCGUGAAUAUAGACUAUAGAACAAUAGAAAAGAAUGUGAAUUAUACUAGAAGGAUUAGAUCUUUAGUAGUAAAGGAAGUACUUAAGAGAAUGAAAGUGGGUAAAGCCUGUGGACCAGAUGGAAUACCAAUUGAAGUGUGGAAGUGUUUGGGAGAUAUGAGAGUGGCAUGAUUAAUUAAAUUAUUUAAUAAGAUUCUAAACUCAAAGAAAAUGCUUGAUGAAUGAAGGAGGAGUAUUUUAGUACCUAUUUUUAAAAAUAAGGAAGACAUACAGAGUUGCUCGAACUAUAGGAGAAUUAAACUCAUGAGCCAUUCUAUGAAGUUGUGGGAGAGAGUUGUGGAGCAUCAACUACAUCAUGAUACUUCUAUAUCUCUCAAUCAAUUUAGCUUCAUGCCCGGUCGUUCAACUAUGGAAGCGAUAUUUUUCAUUAGAAGCUUGAUGGAGAAAUAUAGAGAUGUGAAGAAAGAUCUACACAUGGUUUUUAUUGAUUUGGAGAAGGCUUAUGAUAGUGUUCCAAGAGAUGUCUUAUGGAGUGUAUUAGAAUAAAAGAUGGUAUCUAUUAGGUACAAACAAGUAUUGAAAGAUAUGUAUGAAGGAGUAACUAUUAUUGUGCGUACAGUGGGAGGGGACACAAUAGAUUUUCCGAUCUCAAUUGAAUUACACCAAGGAUUAGCUAUAAGCCCUUACCACAUAUACAAGAGAGUAUUCCUUGGUGCAUGAUGUUUGCGGAUGAUAUUGUUCUGAUACAUGAGACGCGAGAAGGAGUCAACAGAAAGCUAGAGCUUUGGAGAAGUACUCUAGAGUCAAAGGGUUUUAAAUUAAGUAGAACGAAGACAGAAUACAUGCAUUGCAAGUUCAGUGAAGGCCAAACUGGUGAUAGGGAAUGAGUUAGUUUGGAUGGAGUGGUACUGUCCCAAAGUAAUCACUUUAAAUAUCUCGACUCAGUCCUUCAAGUAGAUGGGGGAUGUGAGGAGGAUGUUAGUCAUAGGACUAAAGCCCGAUGGUUGAAGUAGAGACGUGCCACGGGAGUUUUAUGUGAUUGCAAGAUUCUCAAUAAGUUGAAAAGAAAAUUUUACCGUACAGCCAUAUGACCGGCUAUGUUAUAUGGUAGUGAGUAUUGGGCACUGAAAGAGUCGUAUGCGUAUAAGAUAAGAGUUGCAGAUAUGAGAAUGUUAAGGUGGAUGAGUGGCCAUACUAGACUAGAUAAAGUCCGUAAUGAGAGUAUUAGAGAAAAGAUAGGAGUAGUGCCAAUUGAGGAUAAGUUGAGAGAAGGGAGAUUAAGGUGGUUUGGUCAUGUGAAGCGUAGACAUACGGAGGUUCCAGUUAAACAAGUAGAGCACAUUAAGUUACAGGAUAGAAAAAAAAAGGGGGUAGACCUAAAUCGACUUAGAGGAGAGUAGUACAACAUAACCUAGAAACAUUAUAAAUUUAUGAGGAUUUAACCCAAAAUCGUUUAGAGUGGAGAAAGCGAAUCCAUAUAGCCGAUUCCAAAUUUUUGGGAUAAAGGCUUAAUUGAGUUGAGUUGAGUAUGAAAUUUAAAUCAUAAUACUAUUGAGUUUAAUUUAAGAGCUAUGAAAUUAAAUUGUGUGUGUAUGUAUAUAUACACUUAUGUAAUUGAGUUUAUUAUAAUUGUCAUUAAUAUAUUGAUAUCAUAUAAUAACUUGUAUUUUUAUCGCAUAGUAAUUUUUUUAAUUAAAUCAUAAUACUAUUAAGUUUA